AUGGGGAAGUUGAUGCACAGCACCCAAAUCCAGCACUCAUCUCACCCGCAUCUCCUACAACUAUCAUCUUCCCUUCACCUUCACAACCACCCUUCCGCCACCUGUGCCGGCUGCAAUCACAACAUCUCUCCACCGGAGCACAUCUACACCUGCACACCCUGCAACUUCUUCAUCCAUCCAUCAUGUUCCAAGUUUCCAGACUUAAUAACACACCCCGCCCACCCCGCCCACACCCUCUCCCUCCUCACCACCCCUAUCUACCCCGGUGGGUUCUUCCGGUGCGAUGCCUGCUCCCAACACGGAACUCGGUUCAGCUACCAUUGCCAUACCUGUGAUUUUGAUUUGCAUGUUCUCUGUGCUUCCAAUCCCAUGAGGGUCACACAUCCUAACCACCCCCACCCCCUUGGUCUUACUUUUGCCUCUCCGUAUGGGGAAAAGUUGGGGUUUUCUUGUGAUGUGUGCAGUCGCAUUGGCUCUGGCGACCAGUGGCUCUACCGCUGUGUUUCUUGUGAAUUUGAUGUUCAUUUACAGUGUGCCACCGCGAAGGUUCCUACUCCUCCUGCUCUGCAGCAUCAUCACUCGUUUUCAGCUGGUGGGGCUCCGGUGGCUGGACAGGGUCUCACGCAUAGCAUGAGUGCUCCGCCGCAGGCUCUGCAACAUUAUCAGUCGUUUCCAGCUGGUGGAGCUCCGAUGGCUGGACAGGGUCUCACUCAUAGCAUGAGUGCUGGGCGUGUUCAAAGUCAGUGGCAACCACCACAGACUCCGGUAGCUGGUGGUGUCCAAGUCCAAAGUUACCAGCGUCCCGUACAGUCACCGACACAAGUUGGCGGUCAAAAUUACCAGAUGGCACAACAACCUGCAGGACCUGCUGUUGCCAAUCAAGGUAAUGGAUUGGGAGAUGUAAUGGUGGCGGGGUUUGUCGAUGGUAUGAUGCAACAACUGGGCCAGGAUUUUGUCCAAAGCCUUACAGGAGGAGGAGGAGGUGGUGGUGGCGGGGGUGAUGUGGUCAACAUUGACGUUCAAAGCAAUGUCACUUAUGAAGACUAUGGAAACGAAUAA